AUGGACCAUCAAAACACAGAAAUGGACACAGAGUCUCUUCAGAAACGCGAGCGACGGCGUGGAAGCUGCCUGGACGUUUUUCUCGUCGUGUCCAUUAUUUUCCUGUUUGCAGCAGUGGUGGCUGUGGCUGCUGGUGGAGUGGUGGUUAUGAUGGAGCUGAGGUCCAAAGUGGAUUCAUCAUUUCCCUCCUCAGAGUCUAUGAGUUCAACGUUAACAGGAGACACACCAUCCCCAGCAUACAAGAUGCAGGAUUGUGCCUACCUGGAUUUCACCUCAAGUGAGUUGAAGAACUACACCAUGUCCUUGCGAACAGUCAAGUACGGCUCAGGGGAAUCUGUUGGAAGCAAAUUCAUUUUUGAUUCUAACAAACAAUCACUGCAGGUCAAACGGACAGGGACCUACUUCAUUUACAUUGAUCUCAAACUCACCUGCACAGGCAUAUGCAACACAGGCCUCCUCAGUGUGCAUCUGGGCAAGGAGCUCACCUGUGAGGUGGAGCUUUCAGCAGAAGACCCAACACCUAAGAGCAGGAAGUGCUGGACAGUGAGCCAGAUGGAGGAGAAGACACAGCUGCUCGCUCAGAUGACAAUACCAAAGGAGGGACUGAAGAACUGGAAACUGGAGAGGAACAGCUCAAAAUUUGGCGUGUUCCUUGUGGACUAAUAUGGACACUGUAGUGCCGCUUCUGUCAUCAAAAUGCAGGUCUGCCCGUGACUUUCAGGUCAUAACUUAAGCAAAACACCAGUUUGUGUUUUCUUUAAGUCCCAAGUGGAUAGAAACGGGCAUGCGCUGGCCUCAUUUUCAAAACUUUUAAGGGGAGUUUCUGGCAAACUAAAGAUGUAAGACCAUGAAGCUUAGUGGGGUGUGAUGGUGGAAUCUUAAGAGAAGUUGUGUGGUAGGAUAAUGCAGACUGGAUGUGGGAUAGACAAGACACUGACAUCAUUCUAUGUAAAUAUUUGUAUGUGUAACUGAGUAUAUGAUAUAUUUAUUUGAUAUAUGUGUGGUAUAUGUGAAACUAUUUAUAUUUAUAUUUAUGAUCAUGUUGUUUGAUAUAAUUUUAUUUUAAUGUAGACACCACUACA